UAGACCUGUGAUGAUUUUGUCUAUUAUAUUAUUUUGGUCAUACAGCUCCUAAAGAUUUUAUCCUUCUUGGCUGCUCCAACUCUCGGCUCUUGCAUGGGCGGUCCUUACAAUUGUUGAAUCCAUUAACAUGCAUCGCAUGCAGUAAAAAUGAAUAUUCUUUCCCGAAGUCAACUGCAGAAACUGAAAAAUCAUGCCGUAUGAUGCUAAAAAUGGUAAAACAAACAAUGAGAUCCGCAACGGAAACAGAACAGAAAAGUACAAGUAUGAUCAGUUUGCUGUUGAUGAUAAUGAUACUGACCAAAAUGCAAGCCUUGAUAGCGAUAAAACGGAUACUGGUGUCAAAAUGGAGAGAAGUCUGGGUCUUAUCAGCGGGACAGCUAUAAUAUCAGGCACUAUGAUAGGUUCUGGUAUAUUUGUAUCUCCUAGGGGAGUUCUGUACGGAGCAGGUUCAGUGGGAAUGAGUAUGGUGAUUUGGCUUGCUUGUGGAAUAUUGUCUAUGUUCGGAGCACUGACUUAUGCCGAGUUGGGGUCAACAAUUCCUCUAUCAGGUGCAGAGCACGCUUACUUUAUGGAAGCAUUCUGUAAAAAUAAGAAACGACGUAAUUUGUUCGGACGUAUUCCAGCGUUUUUAUUUGAUUGGAUAUGCAUUUUUAUCAUCCGAACAACUAUGUUUGCUGGAAUGUGUUUUACUCUUGGUACAUAUGUUACACAACCUUUUUAUCCGGAUUGUAUGCCACCACUUUAUUUGACAAAACUCGUCACUGCCAUUUCAAUGUUUAUACUUUGCUUUAUAAACUGCAUGAGUAUCAAGUUUGCUGAAAAAAUUCAAGUGUUUAUGAUGGCCGUGAAAUUAAUUGCUGCUGUUAUCAUCGUUGCUGGUGGUUGUUACAGUCUUUCUCAAGGAGAUACAGAAACCCUUGCCAGUGGUUUUGAAGGGACAAGUACAGACACAGCUAUGUUGGUGCUUUCUUUUUACAACGGGCUCUGGGCCUAUGACGGAUGGAACAAUUUAAACUUUGUCACUGAAGAGUUAAAGAAUCCAAAAAAAAACAUACCAAGGGCUAUAUGUAUAGCUUUGCCGUUAGUCAUGCUGGUAUACCUUUCAAUAAAUGUUGGGUAUUUUGCAGUUCUGCCAAAACAAGAGAUCCUAUCAUCAGACGCUGUUGCAGUGUUAUGGGGUAAAAGGAUAUUAGGUGUAAUGCAGUGGAUAAUGCCUAUGUUUGUUAUAUGUUCCUGUUUUGGCUCAGCCAAUGGAUCCUUAUUCUCAAGUGGAAGGUUGUCAUACGUUGCAGCUCGUGAUGGCCAUUUACCAUCCGGAAUAUCAUUUUUGCACGUGCAAAGACAUACUCCAAUUCCUUCCAUGAUAUUCACGCUGACCCUUUCAACACUCUUGAUAAUUCCUUUUGAUCUUGGUGCUUUGAUAGGAAUAUUUAGUUUUACGUCUUGGAUAUUCUAUGGUGUUUCAGCAGCCACAGUUCUAUUGUUGCGAUAUAGAAAUAGACACAAGAAAUUGGACUCUUAUAAGGUUCCCUUGUUCAUUCCAGUAGUGGUGAUACUGUUGUCGACGUUUUUAGUGUUAGUUCCACUGAUUUAUUUACCAAAACCAGAGUAUAAAUAUGUUGUGUUAUUUAUGGCAGUUGGAUUGUGUAUUUAUUUUCUCUUUGUAUAUAGGAAAAUUAAAGUUCCUUACGUAGAUUCAGCGACUCGACUGAUGCAGAAACUUUUGGUUGUAGUACCGCCUUCUCAAGAAAAGAGUUAUUAAAUUUAUGCUGAAGAGAGGAGAUUUUGUCUGUAAACUUUAAAAUUGUCGAUGAAUAUGCUCCAUUUAGACACGUAUUUUCAACUUUAAAUCGAUUAGAAACUACAUUUCUACGCAGUAUUAUACCCUAACCUCAUUUACAAUAUAAAUGAAGUUUCGGUCCAGGAUUUCUGUGAUGUGUGUUCAACGUCAAUCUCAAAUUCACGGACGACGACAUUAUUUUCCAAUAGUUAGAGCUAUUUGGUUGAAAAGUCUUAUACAAGUGAAUGAUGAAGUAGAAAAGUCUCCAGAAUCAGCUUAAUGACAGUGACAUGGUCAAUAGAGCAUUCAUUUCCGUUCCUUCUUUUUCACAGAACAUAUUAUUUCAAUGUUAAAUAAUUUUUUGGAAAAUAUGUGAAACUAGAGGAAGUUUUUAAGGCUCAGGCGCUUUAACAGUCGUUUGAAUUCAAUGACAGUGAAUAAAUUCAUAGACUUGAUACUUUCGAUCAGUAGAUCGGGUAUUUAUGACAGUUUUAAAAAUGACGAAGAAAAGGGCUGACUAACAUAUUAUAUAUAAUCAUUUCUACAACUGAUAUAGUACGAUUUUGUCGUAAAUAGUGUUCACUUAUUUUGAUAAAUGCAUAUAAACAUCUAUGUAAAUGUAAGUGAGUAAAUGUAGAGGUAAGUUGUCUAUUACUUCUCUUAUUUACAUAAUAAGUUAUGUUCUCUAGAUCUUAAUUAAUGACUAUAAUAAAAUAUAAAAAUAGUUAUAAAGUAGUGUAAUUGGUUCAUACAAUUGUGCUACUUUAUGAACACAUCAGAGUUGUAAUGAUAUUCUUCUAGACCUGCAUCGACUAUUUUUAAACCUUAUUGAAAUGCUUUGGGCGUUUUUGAAGAAUAAUGUAAUACCUUUUGUCGCAAAAAAAGUCGACCAUGACUGAAUUAUGUGAAUUGAAGUAUAUAACAUGGAUACAGGUAUCGCAAAAAAAUAAAGCAUAGUACAACAGACAAUAUCAACCACAAACACCCGGCCUAUCACAAAAAACCUAGACAUACAAUCAAGGCAAACCAACAAUUAAAAACACGAUCCAGACAUCAAUACUUGGUACAAGCUUAAACAAUAUAGCCUUAUAUAGUAAGCUGCUGAUUCAUUUUUGGGCAAAACUUUAUAUAAAAAAUUCAACUGCCUUUCAUUUCAUUAGAGUAAACGAGUUCAAUUUUAACAAUUUUAAAAACCCAUUGUGUUUUCCAAUUUUCCAAUCGAUAAUUUUGGAGUGUCAAAAAUUCGUUGGAGGUACUUGAUAAAUUGCAUGCUCAUAUUGGUAACAACAAACAAAAGAACUAUGUCAAUUGGACCUGCUUUGAUACGAUAACUGCACUAUCAAGUUAUAUUGUACAAAAUAGUUUUAUGACAUUUGCGGGACGCUAAAUGUUUUUGUUGGGGGUAAAAUGUAAAGUGUGGGUCACAGUUUAUAUAUAUAUGUAUUAGUAUAUAUAGUGAAAGAUGUAAUGUGUAAUAUCGUAUGUCGGAUAUAUUGUUUGUCAUUGUUAGCAUAUCACUGAUAAAUAAUUGUAUGUUUGUAUUUUUACUGCACUAUGUCAGGGAUUUUCAGGAUCUCGUAUGUUUGUAUCGAGCACCUGUUUACAUAUUUUCGGGGAAAAAGUCAUCAACUGCGCAUGUGCGUAGAAUUUAGUCAACUGGAAUAUCUGUAAAUUCUACGAUUUCUUAGAUUGUCAAACAUAUUGAGCAAAAUGCUCACUUUCUAGAUAAUGUCAGGGAACCUAUUCUUAUUUCAUGUAAUUUUUGCCAUUUUUCAGCCGGUUGACUCGCAUGGCUUUUGAUUUCUCCGAUUACCGCUUUCCGGUGGUGGCGCUACUAUCGUGGCGCAAAAAUUAUGAAAACUUAAUUUAUUCAAGAAAAUAAAUUGUUCUUUCAUGUAUUUAUUUUUAUCUAGUAGUAAUAAAAUUGUAUAAGAAUAGUU